AUGUCUCGAACGUACAACCCAAACCAGCGUACAGCAGUUGAAUUGUUUGAUGAAUUGUGGGAGACGACGAUAAAGUCAAGUAUAAUACCGGAAGGAAAAAGGCAAUUAGCUAACGAUGAAUUAGUUGAGUUUAUCAUUGGUAAAAUUAAGAGCUUUAUGCACCAUUUUCCGUAUCGCUCCCUAUUUCAUUUGAGCGCCGAUGUGAAAAAUAACGCGAAAGCCAUUGCGUUGCGUAAGAAAGGAAACGAUUUCUUCCAUCCGACACGUUUUGAAAACUACUUCUUAGUUCUUACAUAUUACAACGAAAGCAUCGUGUGCGCUGAAAAAUAUUCAGAGGAGAGAGCGAUAGCGUACGCUAAUCGGUCAUUGGUGUGCCUUCAGCUUGAGCGAUACGCGGAUUGUUUGGAGAAUAUUCGUCUGGCACGGGAGUCAAACUGCCCGGAGCGACUUGUGGAAAAGCUGAACAGACGCGAAGCAAUGGCGAAGGAGGGUUUGUUGAAACCAAACUCGGCCACGGUUAUCCCUGGCGAACAGGCAGAAGAGCUUAAACUAAGCUACAACUGUCAUCCGAAGAUACCCCAAAUGGUGGAAUGUUUGGAGGUGCGUCGUAAUGCAGAGUACGGACGCCAUGUGGUGACUAAUCGGAAGUUGAAAGCUGGAGAUGUCGUGAUCAUCGAGAAACCAUUCGCAACCAUGCUGCACGAAGACUUCCGAUAUUUGCGAUGUGCCAAUUGUCACGAUAGUAACCUACUGACUCUCAUUCCGUGUGAAGGCUGUUCCUUCACAAUGUACUGCUCGGAGGAAUGUUUGAGUAAAGCGCACCAACAGUACCAUCGGUAUGAAUGUGGAAUCCUUCAUGAAUUAUGGCAAAUUGCGGGUGAUACGCGUUUUGGUAUGGCAGGAUUACGAACUGUUGCAACGGCCAUUGCCCUGUUUGAUCACGAUUUGGAUGCGAUGAAGGAGCACCUGGACCGUCUGGACGAAUCGAAGGUGAACGCGUUUACGAUGGAUUGGACAACAGCUACGCCAAAAGAUGUAUACAACACGGUACAUGUGCUGUCAACCAAUCAAGCACUCCGUAGUCGUAAAGAGCUAUGUCUGCAUGUUUUCAUAGCCUCCAUCAUACAUCAGCUAAUGUUGGAACGCACCGAGCUGGGAGCGAUGUGCGCAACGAGCGCUGAAAAAACCCGGCUGUUGUUUGAUUUAAUUCUGCGCCAUUGGCAAGUUGCACAAGUCAACAGCAUUUCCUUAACCAGUUUGGAUUCCAAUAGUUUUGAGAUCACCUUGAAAAGGCAUGGCAGGGCACUUUGGCCAUUGUUAAGUAUGCUCAAUCAUUCUUGUGUACCGAACGUGUUUCGCAUUGCUCUCGAAGAUGGACGCUGUGCCGUUAUAGCCAUCAACCCAAUAGCAGCAGGAGAGCAACUCUUCGAUUCUUACGACUUAAACGCAAACGAAUGCCGCCGUACGUCUGCUAGAUUGUAUUGCAUGAAGAGGACAUACCACUUUAUCUGUCGAUGCGAUGCAUGUGAGCUGGAUCUGGAUGACUACAGUUGCCUAAAAGAAGAAGAUGAGAAUAUCUCUAGCAGUCUUGGAAGGAUUAAAACAAUAUCAGGAAGAUACAAGCUGAUCGAGCUGGAGUUCGCUAUGAAGGAGGAUCGAGAAUCAUUUGAACAGAAGCUUUCUCAUCAGACGGCCUUUUACGAUGGAUUGUUGGGGGCCUUGAAUCAGCCCAGCGAAACGUUAGGCCAGAAUCUUACGGUGUUGCAAACUCCGACGAGUCAAAUACUCUCGCAGCCGGUGGAUUGCUCCAAUCACGUGAAGGGAGAUCCAAAUGAUAACACUGAAAAAGUGUAA